GGCGGAGCAGGGGGCUCCGAGGACCGGCCGCCAGGAGACGCGCGGGGCGCUGCGUUUCGCUUCCUCACGCUUCCUCGAAAGCGUGAGGCGCGCGCGCGGCCUUUUCUCGCUGAGGGAGAGGAGAGGAGCGGAGCGGGUCCCCUCAGCCCCGCCGGAGCCCGGCGCCUCCACAUCGAGCCUCCACAUCGACCCCCCACACCGAGCCGCUCCGUGGCCCGUUCUAGCGCUGGGGCUUGAGGACAGGCCUGCGCCGUUUUCCUUUCCAGAUGGAGGGAAGCGCGGGGCUUCUCCCUGGGGUGGGCAGUGGGAGUGUCCGUGACCCGCGAAGAGCAGCGGAGCCCGGGCUGAGGGGUGGGCUUGGCAGCGCCGCCUUUGCCUCCCGCUGGGGAGGAUAGUGCCUCACUGUAGCGACGGCAGGGCCACACGGGAAACGGCCUGGAAGGUGCGCGGAGAACACAUUUCAAAUGCCUAAAAAGUGAGCCGGGAGAUAAGUAGUUUCCGCUGUACGGUAGCAGCUCUGAGAUGGUGUGGGCAAAAGGAGAAUGCAAUGCUCCCGCAACAAGAAGAAGGAAAAGCACUGUUAUUUUAAGAUUUGUUUAGAAGCUGUUCCCAAUAACCAUAUUGUAUAUACUAGCACUGGAUGAUUAUGCAUCCAUUUGAACGUGUGUUGCUUUUUUCUUGUAAAACGUGAUCUGCCCAAAAAUCAAGUGUUAACAAGUCAAGAUACUCAAUGUGAAAGGUUUAAAAGUGUAUGGUUUGGUUUUUUUGCCACAGGAACAAGAAAAUUGUUAGUUAUUCUCAGUUUGGGGAUUUGGAAGAUGACGAUGAAGACUUUGCAUGUAUAGCUGCACCUUCAAGUAAAAAAUCCAGAACACAGCUCAAGGAGCCAAAGAAGGAGAAAAAAGAGAAGCAAAAAAAGCCACAGAAAGAAUUGACUCCACCGCCAAAGCAGACACCUAGUAAAAGGAUAUCUUUGGAUGACAAACUUUAUCAGAGAGAUCUGGAAGUUGCCUUAGCCUUAUCCGUCAAAGAAAAGUCUGCAAAUAUCCCUGAGGUGCAAAAUUCAGAACAAGGUAAGGAUUUUGAAUCAGAAAGGAGACCCCUUUUUUCCAACUGCAGUGUAGACAGUGAACUUUUAGGCCUCAAUCAAGUUAUGGAUGAUGAUGUACCUAGGGUUGAUGGUAUGCAAAGGACAGCAGCAUCUAAAAUUCCUGCACGUCCAAAGAAGUUAUUGACCGUUGACAGUGAUGACAGAGAGCACGCUACUGACUCUGAGCCAGAGUGUGUACCCAGUGAGGAGGAGUCAGAAGAGGAUUCAGAUUAUAGUGAAGGUGAUGAUGAAGACUUUGCUAUGGAAAAAAAGAAAGCCAGAGGAAAUAAAAAGAAAACCAGACAAAAGAUGCCAGCUGAAAGAGAGAAGAAAACUCCCAAAUCCAAGAUUAAUACUACAGUAUCACCUGUAGUUUCUCCUUUUGGGAAAAUGGAACAAAAAUCUGAGCCAACACAAAAGAUGAUGUCGAGUUCUUCAGGCCCAGUUGGAAGGCCUCUACAUACAUCGAGUCCUGUUACAGAUAAGAAGCCUAAAUGGAUACCCCCAGCUGCAUCAGGAAGCAGUAAUAACUCUAUGAGAUAUGUUUCUCUUAAGUCACCUACUCAGUGUCUUAGACUCGGUCUCUCCAGACUAGCAAGAGUCAAACCACUGCAUCCCAGUGCUGCCAGCAGUUAAGUGGUCAGUGACAAAGUGGCAUGUGACAGAAAAGACUUUGGAAAGUGUUUUGCUUAUAAAUAAGCAAAAGCUUCAUGGCAUCAUCUAUGUUGGAGGACUGUUGUUUAUGUAUGUGUCUUAUAAUGAUUUUUUUUAUUCUGCAAAAUGCUAGGCAUCCUUAAGUGCUACUGAAUAAUAAUAAUAAUAUUAUUAUUUAAUCAAGGUGACAUCUGGGUCACCAGCUCUUUCAUAUAUUAUAUUCUGAGACGUGGGUUUGUGGUAAUUUUAAUUCUCUGAUAUCUAAACUCCUGGCAUUAAAAUAGUCUACACAGCACUAUGUCAGUUAUAGAAUGUGAUAUCUUAACACAGUGAAAGUCACAGUUUAAAAAAUAUUUCUUGGAAGAGUUACCACUUUCCACCCCCUUCUUAGGAAGUUUGUCACCACUCUCAAAAUCUGUUAAUGUUUGCAUAUCUUAUAUGUGGAUGUUAAUUAUUUUUAAUGUAUUAUAGAUAUAAAUGGGUGUUUUCUUAGAA